AGUCAUUUACGUUAGCUGUUAGCUUGAUGUUUUCCAUUAUGAGCCAAAAUCGUUCAAAGUUUCUGUGACUUAUAAAUUUCCUAGACGUUUUAACAUAAAUGUAUAGUAGGUAUGGGAGGAAGGGUCCCACUGGGUAAAGUUAACAUUUUGAAACGAGGCCGGUUAGAAAAAAACGUUUUCUUUCAGUAGUUCAUAUGAAACUAAAUUCGCUCUUCACUUUGUAAAUCUCGGAAACGGUGUAUAUCGAUGUUGAAAAAUAAGGGUGUCAUAACUGCCGGCAAACAAAUAACUAGCCGCAAAUGGUGGCGAAAUGCCGAACGGUUCGUCUGGCUCAGCCACCAGCAACAGAGUCGUCAUCGUCGGAUGCUGCUGCAGACGACGAUGGGUCACAGGAGGUUGGAUCGCUGCGGAACAUCGUCGGUCAGCAGCGGCAGCAGCAGGUGGCACUGUUCCGUGCGGAGACAGCUCGUCUGCGGCACACCAAUGCGGACCUGCAACGACUGAGCCGGCUGCGCGAGACCGCUGAGGUCAAGCACCCGCCGCCCUGGUCCCCCGAGCUGGUCGGCUGCGAGAAGCUGCUCACGGACGAGGUCGCGUGGCGCGAGUACGAGAGGCGCUACCUGAUGGUGGCUCCUCCCGUCCAGCUGCCGCCGCCGCAGGAGGUCGACAUCGGCCGGCUGACGGCCAGACUGACUGGCGAGCAGCCGAUGCUGCCCACCCCAGACCGCACCUGCGCACAGGGCUUCUUCCCGCCGGCAGGCCGCACCCGUCUGGCCUAUAACGAGCCGCGUCUGCGGUCCUUGGUGCCCGGCUGCCGGCUGCCGAACACCGUCAUCAUCCGUCUGCUGUGGUCCACUCGCACGCUGCUCGAUGUCGAGUACUACCGGGCCAUGGAGAACCGGCGCAUGCGGCGCCGCCAGCACUGGGAGUACUUCGAGUGGAGCGACUCGGAUGAGCUCGAGGAGGAAGCGCAUCCGCAGGACUCUGCCCAGUAUAUGACUCACCUGGAGAAUGUGGCCAUUCGUCGGAGAAACAAGCUCAAGAUAUCGAUGGUGGACCACGAUCACGUGGAGAACUGGCUGCAGCUGGCUGCCUCGGGGGUAGACGGCGUGGGCGCUGCGCCAGACUCUGAGGACGAGGUCAUCUCCAAGAUACGUCAGCGGCGUCUCAGCCGGCGAGGUCAACUACGCUCCGACCUGGAUGGCAGUCUCGCCAGCCAGGAUGACGCCUACAUGCCGGCCUUUGGAAGAUUCACGUGUGGAGCACGAGCGUCGGAAAAGAAACAAAGAAGAAAGAAGGUGAAAGAGGACGGCGCGGACGAAGUAAAGCGUCCUAGGAGACGAAGAAGAAAGAACAUUGAGGAAGGAAGUGCCGGCGAAAAUAGAUUAGCAACCAUUGAAAAUGAGUAUUCGUAUUCUGACGAUGACGAAGACUGGGAAUAUGAUGAUGAGCCAACGGAAAAGCGUGAUGAUGCCGGGCAUGUAACAGCUGAUGCCGCAGGUGCAAGGAGGGACGGAUCGGGAGGAGAAGGCGGUGCACAUCCCGCUGCUGGGACGACCCCGGCCAGGCAGCCUCAGACUGGGUACGGUACGUCGCCGGCAUCCUCUGCAACCGGGCCAGCCGGUACCCCCGGUCCCCAGACGUCGCCAGCUGCUGCUGGAAGACAGUACUUUACGCCUGCUGGUGGGACGUCUUUAGGCGCACGGGCUGGGCAGCAGGCCGACCAACAGGCGGACAGGCAGCAGCUGCGGCGGCCGUCGAGGCGCGCUGGGUCGGUGUCCCCGAGCGCGAGCGGUCGCGGUCGGACCUCCGUGGCCUCCGGUGGGGAGAAGACGGUGCUAAAUACGUCCCGAGUGAGACCUGACAUGGAUGCGGCGUUCGACUCCGAGACAUCAGGUCGAUCGCCGCCUCCGCGCAGACAAGCGCUCAGAAUGCCGCAUCUGUUCGAGGUGAAGGAUUAUGUCUGUGAAGACUCGAAAUUGCCUGGUAAGGGUCCAACCGAAAGAGGAAUGAGUUUCCAAGGACCAAGGCGCGCAUUGUGCAUGCGGAGGGGUAGACAGGGGAGGAGGUCUGGUGACGAUGCAGAUGCCGAUCAAUACGCAGCAACAUUCAAGAAGUGGUCUUCGUCAAAAAUACCAGGCAUUUUCUACGAUUCAGGUUCCGAUGAUGAAUACGGUGGGGAUGAAGCAUCAACUCUUUCUGGUACAGGAAGUAAGGUCAACAUUGAACAUCUCUCUGGGCAUCUAAGGUCUGGUUCUCCGAGUUGGAAAUCUCGGAGCCCCACAGGAUCAGGUCCUUUACACGAACUUGCCAUUGAGUACAGCAAAAGUUUGUUGCAGCACGAGUGGGCGCAGGACCUAUUGCACGGUGCCAAUCCUGAUAUUCUCGAUCCCUGGGAGGCUGCAGAGCGUAUGGUCAAACGACUUCCUAGGCAUUCGUUUGAAAUACAGCAAGAUAUUUUACACGAAGUGCGAACGAUAUACGAGACGUUCCCUGCUCCCGAACACCUGCAUCCGAUUUCGACUGGGAUUUUGGCCAGUCUCUACACGGCGACGGACGACAUCCCAACACUAAUCAUGGCCACGGACACCCUGGUACUGCUGGCCGAUCAGAUGGAUGUCGUGAUGGCCAGCAUUCUCACCCUCCUGACACUGGAGAGACUGGACGUCAGGGACUGCAUCGAGACGCUGCUGGAGAGACUGGGUCUCGUCGAUCCUCACAAGGUGGUACUGAGAGAGGCGCUCUCGUGGGCCCCGCGAGGUAAACACAGGAAUCGUGAAACGUGCCUAAAGGAAAUCAACAGGAAGGCGCUAAGCUUCGUCAGCAACUGGAUGCAGGCGUUCGAGGCCCAUACGAAACUCAUCGCUGAAGAGGUGAAUAAAAGAAAAAUGGACGCCGUUGUGAAAUAUAACAUCAUCAAGAUACUGAAGAACUACGAACCUCUCGCGAUCGAAGAGACUGAUGAGGGCAUCAAUGUCAACCUCCGAGAACCAUCCAGCUCCAGUCGGCUGAAAAAUCCCGAGGUGAUCGAGGUGCUCAACUACUUCGUCGAGAUGACUGAUGACGAGGACGAGCUGGGUCAGGCUCGCGGGGAGAGCGGUCGGUUCGCCGGCAGACUGGAGGUCAGCGACCCGCUGGAGUGGCGGCGCAACAAUAAGGAUAUCCUGGUGCCGCCGUCUCCUUCACCAGUUGCAGUGGUGCAGGGGAACCGUUCGCUGGCGUCUGGCGUGCUGCGUCCCACCGCCCUGGUCACCCACUGGCAGGGUGUGCCCGGCCUGGCCCCGGGUCCGUGGCCCACCGUCACCGUCGGCAUUCGACUGAGAAUUGCCGACAAAUACUACCGGGGCCUUCCGGCGCCCGGUGCACCGAUGGAGUUCCACUAGGGGAGCGCAGACGGACCGGUCCGUCUCCUUCCGUGGAUAGUAGCGCACAGUGGAUCGGACGCUAACCGACACCUCUCAGCUGGGCCUAAUACCCAUAUUGACAUCGUUACGUGCUCAAGGCCCUCGCAUGCUGAUCAGAGACGGGAGACGUUAAGUCAUCAGUGGGGAAAUUGGGAGCUCUCGUUGUUUAUAAUGAAAUUGGAGUCGGAGAUGACCUGGGUAACGGAAAUCAUCUUCAUGAAACCAGCGUGACCAGAGAGAUUUUUGGGAUAAUGAUAAUGAUAUGAACGGUAAUGAUGGCAAAACGGGUCGGAAACAGACUGUGGUAAAAGCUGUCUCUGAAUAUCACAGCCGUUGGUGCAUGUCAUUGUCUGAUUCGAUUUAUUAGAUUGAAAGGACCACUUCGGCCCCAAAAUAUGUCAUCCAAGCGGUGAGUUGAGACACAGGAGGUAAGAGUACAGCUGAUUGAUGCGUCAUAACAUGUAAUGAUAGAUAUUGCCUGGAACUGGCAGCAUUUGUUUGUUAUAAAGUAACAAUUAAGUGCUGUUAUACAUAUUUAAAAUAAUGGAAAGUAGGGAGCUUCAACUCAAUUAAAGCGAAAACUGAGAGCACGGAUGGCUGUAAUAAAAAUUAAUUUUGCA